CUGACCUUGCGGCCACGUUUCGACCUUGGGUUUGGCUGAGCAGCAGCAUGGCGGGCAAGGAGCCGAACCGCUUUAUCCAGCACCUGCGGGACCUGAGCGGUCGUCUGUCCUCCGGAGGAGGAAGAGGAGCAGGGAUCGGUCUGAAGCUGCUGCUGGGAGCUGGAGCUCUGGCCUAUGGCGUCAAAGAAGCUGCUUACACAGUGGAGGGGGGGCACCGAGCCAUCAUCUUCAACAGGGUGGGAGGGAUGCAGAUGGACACCAUCCUGGCCGAGGGGCUUCACUUCAGGAUCCCCUGGUUCCAGUACCCCAUCAUCUACGACAUCAGAGCCAGGCCCAGGAAGAUCUCCUCUCUGACUGGCAGCAAAGAUCUGCAGAUGGUGAACAUCGCGGUGCGGGUGCUGUCCCGGCCCAUGGCGUCCAACCUGCCGGUCAUGUACCAGCAGCUGGGGAAGGACUACGACGAGCGGGUGCUGCCGUCCAUCGUCAACGAGGUGCUGAAGUCCGUGGUGGCCAAGUUCAACGCCUCGCAGCUGAUCACGCAGAGAGCCCAGGUGUCCCUGCUGGUGCGGAGGGAACUCUACGACAGAGCCAAAGACUUCAACAUCAUCCUGGACGACGUGUCCAUCACGGAGCUGAGCUUCAGCAGCCAGUACACCGCCGCCGUGGAGGCCAAGCAAGUCGCUCAGCAGGAGGCCCAGAGGGCUCAGUUCUACGUGGAGAAGGCCAAGCAGGACCAGAGGCAGAAGAUCAUCCAGGCUGAGGGAGAGGCGGAGGCUGCUAAGAUGCUGGGCCAGGCCUGCACCAAGAACCCCGGGUACCUGAAGCUGAGGAAGAUCAGAGCGGCGCAGAACAUCGCCAAGACGGUGGCUACGUCUCAGAACAGGGUGUACCUGAACGCUGACAGCCUGGUGCUGAACAUGCAGGAGGACACGUUCUUCGCCAACUUAGCAAAGGUCCAGAAGAAGUGAUGAAGACACGCCCGCUGCCCGUCCACCGGGUCCACCGGGUCCACUGACUGCUCGUCACCAGGGAACUUUCCAGACGUCCAGUCAACCAGAGAGCGUUUUAACUUUAUUUGUUAUUGUUUUGGCUUUGACCCCGUCGUUAAAGAAUAAACCAGUUCUCCUGACCCCCCCCGGCCGGCCUGGAAGACUCCACACAGAACUAACCCCGCGAUGGACGUCACUGCUUCUGACCCGUCUGCUGGUUCUGUUCUGGUUCUGUUCUGAGUCGCGACGGCGGUUGAAUGUGUGCCGGGACUCGGCCGUCCAGCUGCAGCCGACGUGACGGAUGUUUGUUUCUCUGUUCAUUAAAUAAAAGCAUCUGGAGGAG